AUGAAGUUCUUCUUAUUUUUAGCGCUACUCUUUGUACUGCUAAUUUUACAAAGAAACCAUGCCAACAUGUUUAGCUUCUUCAAAAAAAUAACUGUUUCGAAGGAGGAAUUGCGUCCCUCCAUUUAUGACUAUCAUGUGAAGAAGCUGGAUGGAACAACUGUGCCAAUGUCUACAUACAAAAACAAGGUCUUGCUGAUUGUUAACUCGGCUUCCAAGUGUGGCUUAACGCGAAAGCAUGUGGAUCAGCUUAACCAGCUGCACGAUCGAUUGAACGAGCAGGGAUUAGAGAUUUUGGCCUUCCCGACUAGCCAGUUCCUAAACCAAGAGUUCCCCAACACGUGCGACAUUUCCUCAUUUAAUGAUAAAAACAAAAUCAAAUAUAACUUCUUCGCCCCUAUUGAAGUCAAUGGAGAAAACACUCAUGAGCUGUUUAAAUUUCUGAAGGCCAACUGCGACUCGAUGCACGACAAGAAUGGACAACUAGAAAACAUCGGCUGGAACUUUGGAAAAUUUUUAGUUAAUAGAAGCGGAAACGUAGUCAGCUAUUUUUCCCCAAGAACAUAUCCCCUUGAAAUUGAGAAGAACAUAACUGAUUUACUGGAAAAAAAAACAAAAACAGAGUUAAGUGUAAAUCAAGAUGGACAAAUAGAGUCCUCUUUAUCCUCCACCUCGUCCUCGUGA